AUGCCGCCGAAAACGAGAAAGCAAAAAGUGGAAAAAACCGAAGAUGGAGAAGAAAAUGAGGAAAUAGAGGAAGCAAAACCAGCUGCAAUUCCAGAAUCAGAUUCAAGUUAUGAAAGAAAAUUUAUAAUUGGGAAAAAUGUGGCGAAUUCGAAGAUUGUGAAAUUGCGUCAUCCGAAAGAAGGAUUCGCGUUGUUUCGAAUUUCAAAAUCAGAUUUCGAUGAAGUUUUAUGUAUUGAUGAUGGAAAUCGAUCUUGGUUUUAUGGAGAAUCGGUGAUUGAAAAUGGACAAAUUCACUUAUUCGCUCCAUAUAAUCCGAUAUUUGUACUUCUCCCUUAUCUUUAUUCCACGAAAGAAAAGUUUUUGGAAAUUGAUGAGAUUUUGAAAGAUCCCGAAACUCAAGAAUUGAGGGAAAAUGAGCGAAUUAUUGAAAUGUUGGAAAACGUGGCAGAUAUAAAAGAUGCAAUCGAUACAAAAGUAUAUCGAUUGAAUGAAAAUAAAAUGUUGGAAUGGAUUAGAAAUCGAUUUGAAGUGUUGAAAGAAGAAUUGAAGGAUGAAGUUCAUAAGUCACUUAUAGAAUGUGGUUAGUUUUUAGGAAAUAUUUCUUGUGUUUGUUUCUCUAUUCCAAAAAUCUUGAAUUUUUCAGAAGAAGCCUACGAUCGUUAUGUUUUCAAUUUCCUCUCUGAUUAUCUAUCAACAAACAUCGCUCAACUCGCCAAACAACAUUUGAACAUCAAAGAAGCCGAAAAAUCUGAAAACAUCGAUAUGAGUAUGAAACGGAAAAUAAUCGAUGAAAAUGACGAAUAUAUUCAACCAGUUGUAAAGAAACCAAAAGAAUCGAUUGCGACAAAGAAAUUGCAAGCGGCUAGCAAAGGAACUAAAUCCAUCAGCAGCUUUUUCACUAAAAAAUAA